AUGAACUCGGCCCCAGCAGCCCCCGUACAACAACCACCGCCAGACAGCGCACAAAAAAGCCGCAACGAUUUGCUGAAGAAUCUGAAGAGCACUGAUACUCAUUACACCUCCCUCUUCCGGAACCUCGUUGAAUUGAAAGUGAAAAGCGCAACGGAAGAGGAUGAUAAGGGCCAGCCGAUCCCGAAUGCUGGGCCGGAUUUGGAGUUUCAAAAAUGGUGGAGCUUCUUCUACGAAGCACCCUGCCCGAUAUCAAAGCCAGCUCCGAUCAAGGAACCGCCGGCCGAUCAACUGGAGGUGAUCGAGCAUUGUGCCGAGUAUUCGGCCAAAUAUGGAGCCGAAGGAGAAAGGAUGCUCAGAGAACAACACGUGCUCGACGGGGCACAAGGCAAAUACACGUUUAACCUUAAUUUCCUCAACUUGCACUCGCCCUAUCAUUCAUUUUAUCAGCAGCAGGUGAAAGCCAAUCAAUUGGCGCUUGGGUAUUAUCCUCCCGCACCAUUAAUGACCGUGGAACUUCCGCCCGGUUUUGUUCAUGAGGAUGCGCCUAAAACUGACAUGGUUGCUCCCGUUUCCCUCAUUGAUCCGUGUACCUCGCAGUCGAUCCACCCGGUCCAAUCGUCGGUCUGCUUUCAGAUUCCUGCCUCCACUACUGAAUUAACAGCACAUCCAUCUGCCGUGGCCGCACUCGAUGAUGAGGCGCCUGGAUCGUUUAACACUGCGGUCCCGACACCACCCGCACCUCCGCGUAUUCAAACGGAUCUUCAACUGGAAAGAAAAGAAAAGAAGAGCGCGACCGGAAAGAUCGCAGAAAACGCUCCAAGGACAGGAGUAAGAGUCGUGAUCGCCGCAAGAGAGAUCGAAGCCGGGAUCGAACUAUGGCGCGCAGUAGAGAACGAAGUCGCGAACGAAGGGAACGACGGCGCAGAUCCAGUUCACGAUCGAAAGCAAAAAGACGUCGAUCUCGGAGCCGAUCAAGCUCGGGAUCAGGCACAGAAAAGUAUCCUGGGCCAAGUGCAAAACGACGAAUACGAUCUGGUGUGCGCCCGGGCGGUGAUGAGUCCGCGGCGCCGCGAUGAUUUCAAAUUCUCUUUUCCGAGCCAAUACGAGGUUACGCAGGUAUUUAUGAUUCGCGACGAUUCCCUGCCCGUCUUUCUUGACAGUUUUUUAUUCCGCCCAUUUUCCACGAACGUCUGGGUGGCGCUACUGAUUAUGCUAUUUAUCCUGGUGCUCUUGUAUACGCUGUUCAGAUUUUUCGAGUUUCGCGGGACCGAAACGCGCACGAAAACGAAAAUGCGAGCGGCCGGGCGGCUGUUGCCGCUAUGGGUCGAGUGGUGGCUGGCCAUUUCCUCGAUCCUGUGCACGAUCGACAUCAUCUACACGACAUUCCGCCCGUACACGAAUCGCGGCGGCUAUUUGGAGAAGCUGUUCGAGCCCUGGAACAUCUACGCGGACGUCGAUCUUCGAUACGCGGAAUGGGACGACCUGGUGACGAUGGCCACCGGAAGGGUGAUGGCUAUUGAGGUCGUCAUGAAUUUGGUGACGUUGAUCCUUGCUCGACGUGAGUCCCGCCAUACGGUCCUGCUCGCCUUCACCACGUCGGCGUUCGUCUUCUGGAAGACGUUCUGGUAUAUGGUGCUGUACAUUCGACAGCCGGAAGGCACACGCGAAUACAUCAGACCCGGAACUGGGUGGCUCGCUGAAUUUAUCGUCUUCUGGGUGGCCGAUGGUUUCUGGUGUGCCGUCCCACUGGCCGUCAUGGUAGCGCUGUGGAAUCGGCUGGCGCGUCACGAGUACGAGUUCGUCUCCACCAAGGAUCUCGCC